AUGCAUAGGAAUCUCAAACCGGAUAAUGUGUUGAUUACAAGAUAUGGAAGAAUAAAGUUAUGUGGCUUUAGUUCGGCUAAAGAGGUCGAUAGUAUUGAUUGGUAUCGUAUGCCUCCUGUCAAACAUACGGCAGAUGUCGGGGAUCCGUCAUAUCAAGCACCGGAAGCUAUGGGCAAUGAAUACAAUCAUUUAAUAGAUAUCUACAGUCUAUCUCUAAUUGGGGCUCAAAUUUUUGGUUUCGAUACUAACGAUAUAAUUGACGGAAAUGCAAACUUGGACAAUGUUAUUUAA